GUUGUUGUCAAGAUGGCGUCUCCGAAUGGAGGUGAGGACUUUGAAUCUUCUCUGAUAAGUUUAGAAAAUCUUGACCGGGCUUCACCUGACCUGUGGCCAGAGCAGUUGCCGGGUGUGUCAGAAUUUGCAGCAUCCUUUAAAAAUCCUAUUACAAAUUCUCCACCCAAAUGGAUGGCUGAACUGGAGUCAGAGGAUAUUGAAAUGUUGAAAGAAUUAGGAAGUUUGACCACAGCAAAUCUGAUGGAAAAGGUGAAGGGUCUGCAGAAUCUGGCUUACCAGUUGGGCUUGGAGGAGUCUCGAGAAAUGACGAGAGGGAAAUUCCUCAACAUCUUGGAGAGGCCCAAAAAGUGAAGAGACAGAUGGUGAUUGUUGACCUGUGGGGUCAGCUAUUAGCUGAUUGUGAAACUGUAAGGCAGAAUGAUGAUUUGUGUGCUUUCUAACGCUUUCACGAAGACUUGACUGAUUUGGGGUCAAAACGUCAUAACAGUUCAGCAUUUUUGUAUAUAUGUUUGUAAAAUGUUUGGCUUCUUUUAAUAGCAGCUGCUGAGUAGUAUGGGUUAGAUGGCGGUGUGCUUUUCAAUACGUGUAUUUAUUUUUCAUUCUUCAGUGUUUAAUACAACUUCAGUUGUUUUAAUAAAAAAAAAUUUAAUGUUGUUUAACGGUAGUACAGCUCGUGUCAACGUUUUUUUUUCUUUUUACUUUUGGCAUCAGCUAGUGCUGCUUUGCUUUCCAAUGGCCAGCCAAUGACAUUUGCUGAAAGUAGCUUCUGUCAAACAAUGAGGGAGUUCAUGAAGAAGCGUUCAAACUUUUAAUUAGGGCAAUAACUUCAUGCCUGUGCCACUCCAUCGACUGCUCCAUUAACGUCUCUGUUUUGCUCGGGAAAUGUAAAAGGCUUUGACAUGAGAGUGCUUCCAAACCAGUGCAAGGCCAUUUUUUUCUAUUUAAUGGGAAUUGGAAGUUUUGAAGGCCCCCAGCACAAAACAUUGCGUAAAAAUAAUAUUGCUCAUUGUUAUCCCUGUUAACAAGAGUUGACAUAAUUACUAGGGCCAUUUCUUCUCUAAUUAGCACACUUCCAGGGACAUUGGCGCGAACGGUCCCGGAGAAAAGGGAAUCAGACAGGCAUGCUGAACGGCAAACAAAGAACACUCCGGCGAGUGUAAUUAGGUGAGACAGUGGCCAGGACUGUUCUCGGCUGGAGAUGUCGUAGGGGCUUCGGCUGCGGUUGGUGAGUGUUCGCUCCUGCUCCCACCAAUUCUUAGAGGUACGCCUCUCUCCCCCCUACCAGUGCCUAAUAAGCCCCUAAUUGUCUUUCUGAUUCACAUGGAACAAGCAAGCUGCUGAUUUGAACCUUGCAAAGCUACUGCUGGUGUCUGUUCCUGCUUUGGAGGACCCAGAAUUGCCCCUUUAUAAACAAGCUUUUGUUGACAGUUUAAAGUGCAGUGAACUUGCAAAUUCCCUGGCAAACAACCUCUUAUUUUGACAAACAGUCUAAUGUGCUUGGUGAAUGAAGGUAUAUUCUUCUUUUGUUUGACCUAUUGUUGAAUUGUUUACUAAAGGUCUUGAUAUACUUAAAGCAAAGUCGAAAAUGGAAUCGUUCGGUUUAGACCAAAUAAAGUUUGUUUGGAACUUGUAUUAAAAAAA